AAGCAGCGACCAAUCAGGGCAAAGGAUGGAGGCAAGUGGGGGUCGCGCCUGGAGGGAAGCCUUGGCCUCCAGAGCUACAGCUGCAGCCCAGUGUUGAGCUGAGAUGGCCCAAGCCUGACAUUCCAUGAUCUGGGAUCCCGACCUAUGUGUCCAGGCUGCUGCUUGAUAGCGGAUGAUCUAAACCACCAGGCAGUCCUGAGCCAGGAGAGGGGGACUCUCUGCCUGGAUGUGUGGGAACUCCCUGCCAACUUGAUUGUCGGAUCUGGGGGGGAUCCACCCCCACCCCACAGAGAAAGCACAAUCUGUUUUGUGGGUGGGGUCUCAGGUGCCACCCCCUGAAGCAUGGCCACCCCUGUGGUCACCAAGACUGCCUGGAAGUUGCAAGAGAUCGUCGCCCAUGCCAGCAAUGUGUCCUCCUUGGUGCUGGGCAAGGCCUCGGGGCGGCUGCUGGCCACUGGUGGGGAUGACUGCCGAGUCAACCUGUGGUCCAUUAACAAGCCUAACUGCAUCAUGAGCCUGACUGGCCACACAUCCCCUGUGGAGAGUGUCCGCCUCAACACUCCUGAGGAGCUCAUCGUAGCUGGUUCCCAGUCGGGCUCCAUCCGCGUCUGGGACCUGGAAGCUGCUAAAAUUCUUCGGACACUCAUGGGCCACAAAGCCAACAUCUGCAGCUUGGAUUUCCACCCCUAUGGUGAAUUUGUGGCCUCAGGCUCCCAGGACACAAACAUCAAGCUCUGGGACAUCAGGAGGAAAGGCUGUGUCUUCCGAUACAGGGGGCACAGCCAGGCUGUGCGGUGUCUCCGGUUCAGCCCUGAUGGGAAGUGGCUGGCAUCUGCAGCAGAUGACCACACAGUGAAGCUUUGGGAUCUGACAGCUGGCAAGAUGAUGUCUGAGUUCCCGGGUCAUACAGGGCCUGUCAACGUGGUGGAGUUUCACCCCAAUGAAUAUCUCCUAGCUUCUGGCAGCUCCGACAGGACAAUCCGCUUCUGGGAUUUGGAGAAGUUCCAGGUGGUGAGCUGCAUUGAAGGAGAGCCAGGGCCUGUCAGGAGUGUCCUCUUCAACCCCGACGGCUGCUGCUUGUACAGCGGCUGCCAGGACUCGCUGCGUGUCUACGGCUGGGAGCCCGAGCGCUGCUUUGAUGUGGUCCUUGUCAACUGGGGCAAGGUGGCUGACCUGGCUAUCUGCAAUGACCAGCUGAUAGGUGUGGCUUUCUCCCAGAGUAAUGUCUCCUCUUACGUGGUGGACCUGACGAGAGUCACCAGGACGGGAACAGUGACCCAGGACCCUGUGCAGGCUAGCCAGCCUCUGACACAACAGACCCCUAACCCUGGUGUCUCCCUCCGCCGCAUCUACGAGCGGCCCAGCACGACAUGCAGCAAGCCUCAGAGGGUAAAGCACAACUCAGAGAGCGAGCGGCGCAGCCCCAGCAGCGAAGAUGACAGGGACGAGCGGGAGUCCCGGGCCGAGAUCCAGAACGCGGAGGACUACAAUGAGAUUUUCCAGCCCAAGAACAGCAUCAGUCGGACACCGCCCCGGAGAAGUGAGCCCUUCCCAGCGCCCCCAGAAGAUGACAUAGCCACAGUAAAGGAGGCCUCAAAACCCAGCCCCGCCAUGGAUGUGCAGUUGCCGGUGCCAAAUCUUGAGGUCCCAGCACAACAGUCAGUCAUGACUUCCACUCCUGCACCCAAGGGUGAGCCGGCCAUCAUCCCUGCCACGCGGAAUGAGCCCAUUGGCUUAAAGGCCUCGGACUUCUUGCCCGCCGUGAAGGUCCCCCAGCAGGCAGAGCUGGUGGACGACGAUGCCAUGUCGCAGAUACGCAAAGGCCACGACACCAUGUUUGUGGUGCUCACCAGCCGCCACAAGAACCUGGACACUGUCCGAGCUGUGUGGACCACAGGAGAUAUCAAGACAUCAGUGGACUCUGCAGUGGCCAUCAAUGACCUGUCUGUGGUAGUGGACCUCCUGAACAUUGUCAACCAGAAAGCCUCCCUGUGGAAGCUGGAUCUGUGUACCACAGUGCUGCCUCAGAUCGAGAAACUUCUACAGAGCAAGUAUGAGAGCUAUGUCCAGACCGGGUGCACCUCCCUGAAGCUGAUCCUGCAGCGGUUCCUACCCCUCAUCACUGACAUCUUGGCAGCCCCACCCUCUGUGGGUGUGGACAUCAGCCGAGAGGAGAGGUUGCACAAGUGUCGACUCUGCUUCAAACAACUCAAGAGCAUCAGUGGCCUUGUCAAGAGCAAGUCGGGUUUGAGUGGCCGCCACGGCAGUGCCUUCCGUGAGCUGCACCUACUCAUGGCCAGUUUGGACUGAGGAGCGCAUGGUGGGAGCACCGCAGCCCUCACACUCUAGUUUGCUGUAUGCCCAUGGUCCACGAGCCUCAGCCUGGACUCCACUCCUGCCCUGCUGGCCAUCCUGGAGGCAUGGUUGCCAGCCUGCUGACCACCUUCUCAGUUGUGGACUAAGUUCCUCUCCGGCAGCAGCUGCAGCCUUGCACAGCCCUUUUCUGCUCAGGGCAACAACUCCAGCCUCGGGGCUGCUGCUGCUGUAAAUUAUCAGGCAGAUUUAUUAAAUUUAUAACUGUUCCUGA